GAUCAGCAGUUGAGUGCUAAGAAACUCAUCAUUAUUUUAUAGUCCUGAACAAACACACUGUUGACUAAAGGGGUGUUUUAUUCUGCCACACAUCCUGGUGUCAACGGUCAUAAUCACAUGACUGAAUUUCUAAUCUUUGUCAGCAUGGGAAGUUGGCGGAUGGCAUACAUGAAUAAAAAUGCGAAUGAAAUUCUUGAGAAAAACAGCAAGUGGGCAAUUCCGAAAAGAACACAUGAUUCAUAUAGCCUAUUCAGUGUCUUCUGAAUCCAUUUGGUAGCUUUGUGGCAAGAAGAGCACGCAAUAGAAGUCAUAAUGUUGGACAUAUGCAUUCAUAUAUGGCUAAACAGCUUCUUUCAUCACUGCAGAGUUUGAAGAGGUGAAAGAGAGGAGAAUCUGGACAUGCAUGGCAGGAUCUCACAGUUGUUCUUGAUUAAUGCAUUAACAUGCGGUCUGGAGGUAUGUUUGGCUGCUGGGACCAUCUACAUCCCGCCUAUGCUGCUGGAGGCAGGGGUGGAAGAACGAUUCAUGACCAUGGUAUUGGCUGUGGGACCUGUGCUGGGACUGAUCGUUGUCCCUCUAAUUGGUUCGGCGAGUGAUAGUUGGAGAAGUAAAUACGGUCGCCGGCGUCCCUUCAUAUGGGUUUUGUGCAUGGGCGUCCUGCUCGGCCUCUUGAUCAUCCCUCAGACAUCCACCCUCAUCACCCUGCUCACAAAACAACAGCGGCAUUGGCUGGAGGUCCCACUGCUGGUCCUUGCCAUUAGUUUGAUGGAAUUCUGUGGUCAGGCCUGCUUCACCCCUUUAGAGGCCUUGGUUUCUGACCUCUUUCCCGGAGAGGAAGAGAGUCGUAAGGCUUUUUCCGUCUACUCCCUCAUGCUCAGUCUGGGCGGAUGCAUCGGCUACCUGCUGGCCGCGGUUAACUGGACAACUUCGGACACUGUGGUCUACUUGGGUGGACAAGAGGCCUUCAUCUACAUUGUUUUGACCUUCAUUUUUCUCGCCUGUUUGAUGGGUACAACCUUCAUCUCUGAGGAGAAAACAGUACGAGAAAGGCUGGGGGAAGCUGAGGUGUCCAGAAAGCCUGAAAAACUGAAGACUCGCUGCUGCCCUUGUGUGGCAUUCCCCAGAUUUCUGCUUUUACGAAGGACGUACUCUAGUCUCCUUUCUGUGGCUCCCCGACUCUACUCGCUGUGCAGUCGCAUGCCAAAAGUCAUUGCAAGGCUGUUUGUCGCUGAGUUGUGCAGUUGGAUGGCACUUAUGUCCUUUAUGCUUUUCUACGCGGAUUUUGUUGGAGAAGGAUUGUAUAAUGGGGUGCCCAGUGAAGAGCCAGGCUCCUCAGGAAGGAUACGCUAUGAUGAAGGUGUUCGAAUGGCCAGUCUGGGUCUUUUCCUACAAUGUGUGACCUCUGUGAUCUUCUCAUUGGUUAUGGAGCGUAUGGUGUUGUGUAUCGGUGCCAGGAAGCUGUAUCUGAGCAGCGUGGUUCUGCUGGCUGUGAGUACAGCAGUUAUGACCAUAUCCAACAACAUUAUACUAGUCACCAUCAUGGCUGCUGCUACAGGAUACACCUUCUGCAUCCUGCAGAUUCUGCCGUACACACUCACUUGUCUAUACCACUCAAAUGCACAGGUCUUUUUCUCCACCGACAGGCACAAUUUUCCUCUCAGGGAGGAAGAUCUAAUGCUAGUCAGAUCAGAGUUGCUGUCCUCGACUAAGCAGAAAAUAACUAAUGGGUGCAUCAAUGGGUAUCCAGGUACAAUACCCUUCCAUAGCAAUAUAAAAAACUCACAAUCACUUGAUCUGCAUGUGUCUAUCACCAUGGACCCACAACCCUCAGCCCUCAGAGGCAUGGGCACAGACAUCGCCAUUUUAGACAGUGCCUACCUGCUGUCUCAGGUGGUCCCGUCCCUCUUCAUGGGCUCCAUCGUGCAGCUUUUCCACAGUGUGACCGCAUACAUGGCCUGUGCAUCUUUGUUGAGUCUGGUGGCUGUGUGUUUCUCCAGUAAGAUCGUCUUUGAGAAGGCGGAUAUUGAUGCAAGAUGAGAUGUUACCAAGAGAGCAACAGACUCUGGAUACUAGUGACGAAAACUAUAAAGGGCAGCUGGUUCUGUUUAGUAGUUUUGGAAAGAGCGAUGGCAAUGUGCAAUUAAAUGCUUUACAAGUAAUUUAUUGGAAAAAAAACAUGGGCUAUAUGAUA